UCGUUAUCGCACGACGUUGUUGGUGGCAUUAUUUAUUUUGUUGCGACUUAUACUGUUUUUACCAAUCUGCUAUAUAGUUUACUAAGUAAGGGAUCGCGAACUGCACAGCUAUGGAGCGGCCACAGAAGAUGCCCAAGGUGGCCAAGGUCAAGAACAAAGCGCCGGCGGAGGUGCAAAUUACGGCGGAGCAGCUGCUCCGUGAGGCCAAGGAGCGAGAUCUGGAGAUUCUGCCGCCGCCGCCAAAGCAGAAGAUCUCCGAUCCCGCCGAGUUGGCUGACUAUCAGCAGCGGAAGCGAAAGACCUUCGAGGACAAUCUGCGCAAGAACCGCAUGGUGGUCAGCCAUUGGAUCAAAUACGCUCAGUGGGAGGAGCAGCAGCAGGAGAUCCAGCGUGCACGCUCUAUUUGGGAGCGGGCAUUGGACAAUGAGCACAGGAACGUGACCCUCUGGCUGAAAUACGCCGAGAUGGAGAUGAAGAACAAGCAGGUGAAUCAUGCCCGCAACCUGUGGGAUCGGGCAGUGACCAUCAUGCCGCGAGUCAACCAGUUCUGGUACAAGUACACCUACAUGGAGGAGAUGCUGGAGAAUGUGGCAGGAGCGCGUCAGGUGUUCGAGCGCUGGAUGGAGUGGCAACCGGAGGAGCAGGCCUGGCAGACCUACGUCAACUUCGAGCUGCGCUACAAAGAGAUCGACCGGGCACGGGAGGUCUACGAGCGAUUUGUCUAUGUGCACCCGGACGUGAAGAACUGGAUAAAGUUCGCCCGCUUCGAGGAGUCCCAUGGGUUUAUCCAUGGCUCCCGGCGGGUAUUCGAGCGCGCUGUGGAGUUCUUUGGGGACGAGUACAUCGAGGAGCGUCUGUUCAUCGCCUUCGCUCGCUUUGAGGAGGGUCAGAAGGAGCACGACAGGGCGCGCGUCAUCUACAAGUACGCGUUAGAACACCUACCUAAAGAUCGCACACAGGAGCUGUUCAAGGCCUAUACCAUACACGAGAAGAAGUACGGCGACAGAGCGGGCAUUGAGGAUGUGAUCGUUUCCAAGCGCAAGUACCAGUACGAGCAGGAGGUGGCCGCCAAUCCAACCAACUACGAUGCUUGGUUCGACUAUUUGCGUUUGAUUGAGGCGGAGGGCGACCGGGACCAGAUCCGUGAGACGUACGAGCGGGCCAUUUCUAACGUGCCGCCCGCCAAUGAAAAGAACUUCUGGCGACGCUACAUUUACCUUUGGAUCAAUUAUGCCUUGUACGAGGAACUCGAAGCGGAGGAUGCGGAACGCACGCGCCAGAUCUACAAGACUUGUCUGGAGCUGAUACCUCAUAAGCAGUUUACCUUUAGCAAGCUGUGGCUGCUGUACGCGCAAUUCGAGAUUCGCUGCAAGGAGCUGCAGCGCGCACGCAAAGCACUGGGCUUGGCCAUCGGCAUGUGUCCCAGAGAUAAGCUCUUCAGGGGCUACAUUGAUCUGGAGAUUCAGUUGCGUGAGUUCGAGCGCUGCCGCCUGCUGUACGAGAAGUUCCUCGAGUUUGGACCGGAGAAUUGUGUCACCUGGAUGAAGUUCGCCGAGCUGGAGAACCUAUUGGGCGACACGGAGCGUGCGAGAGCCAUUUUCGAGCUGGCGGUGCAGCAGCCGCGCCUGGACAUGCCUGAGCUACUGUGGAAGGCGUACAUCGACUUCGAGGUGGCCCUGGGCGAAACGGAGCUAGCCAGACAGCUGUACGAGCGCCUCCUCGAGCGCACGCAGCAUGUGAAGGUGUGGAUGUCGUUUGCCAAGUUCGAGAUGGGCCUCAGCCACGGCGACAGCGGGCCAGAUGCGGAGCUGAACGUGCGGCUGGCAAGGAGAAUCUACGAGCGGGCCAACGAGAUGUUGCGUCAGCUGGGCGACAAGGAGUCGCGUGUUCUGCUGCUAGAGGCAUGGCGCGACUUUGAGCGCGACGCCUCCGAUGCGCAGGCGCUACAAAAGGUAAUGGACAAGAUGCCGCGGCGCAUCAAGAAGCGGCAGAAGAUCGUCUCCGACGAUGGCGUCGAGGAAGGUUGGGAGGAAGUAUUCGACUACAUCUUUCCCGAGGACGAAAUGGCUCGACCCAACCUCAAGCUGCUGGCUGCCGCCAAGAUGUGGAAGAAGCAGAAAGACGUCACGGAGGACGACCCACCCGCUCCAGCCAUUGCAUCUGAUCCAGAGUCUGCAGCGGACGCUGCUCCGGCGGAGACGACGGACAGCGGCGACUGAACCGAAGCAAGCUAUUCCCUUCUGCGUAAGAAUCUUUGCAGAUUUUCGCUUUAUUUUUGGACACGUUAGGAAUAAACCACUUAAAUAAAAACUACCAUAAUGAUCACUUA